AUGAAGUACAUUCAUUCGCAGGAGCUCCUCGACAUUCCCGAGGGUGUCAAGCUCGCCAUCAAGUCGCGCAUCGUUACCGUCGAGGGUCCGCGAGGCAAGCUUGUCAAGGACCUGAGCCACCUGUCAGUCAACUUCGGCCACCCCAAGAAGAACACCAUCUCCAUCGAGAUCCACCACGGCGCCCGCAAGGAUGUCGCCACGCUGCGGACGGUCCGGUCCAUCAUCAACAACAUGAUUAUCGGCGUCACCAAGGGCUUCAAGUACAAGAUGCGCUACGUCUACGCCCAUUUCCCCAUCAACGUCAACCUCGAGAAGAACAAGGAGACGGACAUCUGGGAGGUCGAGAUCCGAAACUUCAUCGGCGAGAAGAUUGUCCGACGGGUGACGAUGCAGGAGGGCGUCGACGUCGAGAUCUCCAAGAACCAAAAGGACGAGCUCGUGCUGCUUGGCAACUCCCUCGAGAACGUCUCCCAAAGCGCCGCCGACAUUCAGCAGAUUUGCAGGGUCCGCAACAAGGAUAUCCGAAAGUUCCUGGACGGUCUGUACGUUUCCGAAAAGGGCAACAUUGUCGAGGAGUAG